ACAGUCGUCAAGAAGGAGGAAGAACAGAAAAAGUUUAUGUUGGAUCCAGUCAAGUCGAAAACCCGUACUUUUGACAUGUUUCUGCACCCAUUGCCUGAAGAAUUUGCGCCCAUCAACACAACGGAAAACCCUCAUCUGACGGAUAACUGGGACGAUGUCGAAGGAUACUACCGAAUCAGAAUUGGUGAGGUGAUCGAUGGGAGAUACCUGGUUUACGGUUACACUGGACAGGGAGUUUUCGGCAAUGUUGUACGUGCCAGAGAUCAGGCUCGAGGAAACUUGGAAAUUGCUGUAAAGAUCAUUAGAAAUAACGAACUGAUGUACAUUUUGAUAGUCAGCACAAAACCGGCCUGCGUGAACUCGAAUACCACUGCCUUCGGCUUCAUCGCCACUUUUUCCAUAAGCAGCACUUGUGUCUUCAUGAAUCUGCGUGAAGUUCUGCGAAAAUAUGGCAAAGACGUUGGUUUGCAUAUCAAAGCCGUCCGGUCGUACACGCACCAGAUUUUCAUGGCUCUCAAGCUGUUGAAAAAGUGUAACAUCCUUCACGGCGAUAUUAAACCGGAUAAUAUUCUGAUAAACGAAUCGAAACUGGUAUUGAAGCUGUGCGAUUUCGGCUCCGCUUGUCACGUGGCAGAUGCAGAAUUAGCUCCGUAUCUGAUUUCGAGGUUUUAUCGGGCUCCUGAAAUCAUGUUGGGUUUGCCGUACGACUUCAACAUUGAUCUGUGGUCAGCUGGAGUGACGAUAUAUGAAAUGUACACCGGAAAAAUCAUGUUUCCGGGGAAAUCCAAUAAUCAAAUGCUUAAGUUCAUUAUGGAUUUUAAGGGCAAAUUUCCCAAUAAGCUUGUUCGGAAAGGACAGUUCAAGGAUCAGCACUUUGACUCGAAUUGCAACUUUCUGUACCACGAAGUCGACAAGGUUACACAAAGGGAGAAAGUCACCGUGCUUUCGAUCAUACAGCCAGCUCGAGACUUGCUUAGUGAGCUGACGGGAGUGCAGCACCUCGACGAGAACGCGUUCAAGAAAGUUGUGCGACUCAAGGACCUUUUGGAUAAAAUUUUGAUACUCGACCCGGGAAAACGGAUUCCUCUUAACGAUGCGAUACGCCAUUCGUUCAUCGUUGACAGAUAG